AUGGCUGAUAAGGAGAAUAAAACAGUAGAAACUUCCCAAGUUCAAGAGGAGCGAGAUUCCAAAUCUAAGGAAACAUCGAGUGAAAUCAAAGAUGAAAAACUCAAGAAGUUUGAAAGGACCAAAAAAAUAUCUGAGAGUGAAAAAGUGUCGUUAGGAAAUUCAAAAUCUGAUAAAGGAUCUAACAAAGUUGAAGCAAAAGAUGUAAAGGAAAGUAAGGCCAGUGUUUCAGAUGUGAAAGGUGAAUCUAAGGAUAAAAAGGGAGUUGAUGCCAGUAUUUCGGAUGUGACUAAUGAAACAAAAAGUGAUUCAAAAAUUUCUGAAUCAAAUGACAAGAAAAGUGAAGUUUCAAAUGUUGGUAAGAUAGACACUAAGUUAGAGACAUCAGAAAAUAGUGGAACUGAUAAAAACAAUGAAGAUGAAAUUGUAGAGGAAGUAGAACUUUUAGAUUUAUCUAAUUUAAAACCAGAAAGAAGAAAUAAACUAUUCCAGCAAGGACUAGACUAUGAGAAGGCCAGUCAGACAGACAGUGCUUUAAAAUGUUAUCUUAGUUGUUUAACAGGAUUGAGAGCUGAUACUUAUUUUGUUUUAUUACCACAAUGCCUUAGAAAUAUUGCUGAUAUUUAUUUUAAAAAAGAAGAAUAUGAAAAAGCCAUAUUAUUUAUUCAAGCUGAGAAACUGUACUAUGAAAAUGCUUUAAUAGAUACCACAGAAAUCCAGAAUACAUUAGAGAAGUUACGAAAUGACCAAUCUACGCCCGACACAACGGAACCAAUUAAUGAAGAUAGUGUAAGAGCUGAUGAAUACGAGAAUUUAGCUAAAUUAUGUAUGGAUCAAAAACAACCACAUCUUGCACUAGAGUAUGCUGGGAAGGCCACAAAGAUACGCCAGCAGAUCUACGGCAAUGAUCAUCAGACAACCAAAGAUAGUUUAGAUUAUUUCGCUACACUGUAUGCCGAAGUUGGUAGAAAGCAGUAUUCAGAUUCGAUGCAUCAUUUAUCAUCGGAAUCAGAUCAGGAUUAUAAAGAUGAUUAUCAGAAUAUAUCACCUACUUCUAUAUUACGACAACGCAGAAGAAAAUCUCUCGAUACAUCGUAUGAGAAAGAAAGGAAGAAGACAGUAAGAUUUGGUGAACCAAUAGAAACUAGAAUUCUUGUUUAUGAGGAGAAUAUACCACGAAGUUUUACAGUAUUAUUUUUCUUAUUCAGUUUUUUAGUGAUGUUAAUAUUAGGAACAUGGUUAUUUUGUGUGAUGAGAAACGAUCACGUCUGCCGGUCGUUCUCGUCAGAAAUACAGUAUCUAUAUAAUAAAUUCCGUUAUUUUAUCUAUAACUAUACUGGUAGCAAAAAAUUCAAAAAUUAA